AUGAUACGCUGGACUAGUGUCAAUAGCGGUGAACUCAGCCAAUGGGAACGGACAGAGGCUAAAUGCGUACCGACGGCUUGGAAGCUAUAUACACAAUGCCCAAAUGAAACAGAUGGUCGCGACGGUGAAACAAGAACUACAGGAACAGUUCCGACAGAACGGUCCACGGAU